AUGCGUAGUGUGAAGGGAUGGAGAGUAUAUGUUGAGGCGGGCAUGAAGGCAGUUGGAGCUGUUAGAGUGGAACGGGACAGAGCGGAAGUCGGGUUGAGGGAGGUAGAAACGGGAUGGGGCGCGAGAAGGGAAGUUCAUCCGGUGAUUCAGGUGCCCAAUCAGCUGGUGGGUGCGCCCACCGGAACUGACGUGACGUUGGAGUGUUACGUCGAGGCCUCUCCACGCUCCAUCAACUACUGGGUUCGCGAAAAA